AUGAUGUUGUUUGUUGGUUUUUUACUUAUGUCACUAAUUGUAGUUAAUAAAACCGAUGCAGAUCGAACGAUUUCACCAUCAUUAAUUGCAAAUUGUACUAUUAAACAUGGAACUCAUCUACUGAAUGAAGGUGAAAAAAUAAUAAUUCAUGGAAAAUUAUAUAAAGUGGAAAACUGUCAUCUUCAAAGAGCUUAUCAAGCUUGUGGUCCUACUCUGUGGCGUAUAAUCAAUAUUGCUUGUAAAGCUAUAGAUCGAUAUACAGAAAAAGUAAAAAGUGGCAAUCGUAUUUACAGAUUUGCACAACCGAAAUUACUUACUGAAACUUGUUGUAGAAAUUCUUGUACUGUUGUUGAAAUGUCACGUUACUGUCCUUUGUAA